GUUCAGGAUGGUUACGAACAAAAAUAUCCAGAAGAUUCGCCUGGGUCAGAAUGCGAUCCCACAGCCAGAAUCUGGCGGAUGUUCGCCGAUGAAUGUCAAGCCUAUGAUGAGGCAAAAUUUCAAGUUCUUCGGGACAACGUGGACGUACUCUUAGUGUUUGCUGGUUUAUUUUCUGCUGUAGUGACCACCUUCGUUGCGCAGACGUCCCAAAACUUGCAGGUAGACUACUCAGAGGUGUCUGCCUUCUUGCUUUAUGAAAUGGUCAAUAUCCAACGCGCCAUCGCCAGCGGUGCAGGGGUCGACUCUGUCUCUGCUUCGCCAUUGAACCCCACAAGCGUCUUUAUCCCUUCCGCUUCUGACCGCUGCGUCAAUGGCUUGUGGUUUUUGAGCCUUUCCCUGAGUUUGGUCACGGCCCUUGUCGCGGUGCUGGCCAAGCAAUGGAUACGACAGUAUAUGCUAACAUCAUCAGAAGCCCCGCGGGAUCGGUGCAGGAUUCGGCAAUUCCGUUAUAUCGGUUUUCAGGAGUGGCACGUCCCCAUCAUCGUCGGGAUUCUUCCAUUUCUGUUGCACAUUGCCCUUGCUAUGUUCCUAGCAGGAUUGGUUGUUUUUCUCCUAAACUUA